AAAAGAAAAUGCAUUUUUGUAACUUUGUUUACCAGCAUGACUUUGCAUGACUGUCUUUUCUGCAAGCCCUUAGUUGAAGACAAGGGUGCUAGAGAUACAAAAAAAAAAACUAUAUAUAAAAUUAAUUUUAAAAAAUGUUAUAUGCAAUUAAUGUUUUAAAAAAGAUUAUAAUGAAAGAGAAGAGCUAUAUUUUGUUUUGAAGAGUUUAAAAAUGUUGAUUAUAGAAACAUGUAUGUUUGCAAAAGUACACCCUGUCUGAUGAAAAUCUCUCUGCUCCGAACUGCCCUACUUUCCUCAUUCCAGGUUCCACACCGUUGAUGGUUUACCAUUUUGUGUUCUCUACGGUUUGUCUGUAGCCUUUGUUUUCUCAAACCCAUUUGCACAACUACCGUAGCAACGCUAGCAGCAGAUCCGAAAACCAAUGCUCACUGUACUUAAAACUGCUUGGUUCAUCUUUUUUUUCUUUUCUUUGGCAAUAAUCCAGGAUUGUGUCUUGAUUGUAGCAAGGUCAACAGAGGCGCUAAAGAUGAUAAUCCAUACCUCAAAGGUAGAGAAGUUCUUGAAAUUCCUGUCUCUGCUUCCCUUUUGGUUGACAUGAUUGGUAACAAGUAGAAACUAUGUGUAGGUUUUGCACCCUGAUGCGGGAGCCUAGGUCACAACCUUUUUCAUCUGGCAUUUAAAUGUGAUUGAGAAUUUUAUCGCUGACGAAUAACACUGCCUAUACUUACACAGGAAAUAAGAGUAUCAGUCUCCCGAAUUGGAGGGUCACUGACUACACCUUAAAACACAAAAAGGACUCCGUAUAUCCACCACGGGAGCAAAGAGAGGCCCAUGACUGCUGGUGAAAUAGACCCAGUGAGAUAGCAGAGAUCAGAGGUAAACACUGGCAGGAGGUAAAAGACAAAUAGGGACAAUGUGACGGGAAAAAGGGACUUGCUAAAAUACUCAGGCACAGAGAGGUAGGCAGUAGCACUUGGAUUUAGUGCUUCCUCACUGUCAGUCGAGGAGGACUCCGCCUUUUAAGGUAGAACCUUGAGGUGCGUGAGGCAUGUACACUCAGCUUUUGUGUGCUCAGUGUUCAAACAAUUUACAUCCAGAGAUAAGAAAUGUAAAGUCCAGUAAUGGGAGUGCGACGGAAGCUUGGAAGCUCAGACGCCACUUGAAACAAGAGUGGCCAGUGGCGGUGUACGAUUGGGUGCCGCUGCGAUCGUACCUGACCACCAUCAAGAGACAGGACAAGCAGUCAACCGGAAGUGGCUGGCUGGGCACGAGUGUGACCACAUCAUCAUCAUAACUAUACUGAAUAUUGAUAGUAAACCUUUCACAUCAGACACACACAGAUGGCGCACAACUUGCAAAAGCACAAUAACCACACCAUAGUCAGCUGGAAAAAUCGCCUAUGACAAUACUGUAAGUCUGGUUCCUCCGGUUGCAUUGUGGGCUACCAAAACAAUGCCAAGGUUAUGGGUUAGUUCUUGGCUCUGUUUUCGCCUAAGUGCACCCUGGGAUGUCACUGAUUCCGUGGGUGGGAAUAUUUGUGAAUUGUAGUUGAGGAAGCGGUGAGAGAGGGCGUAUGGCAUCGCACACAAAAAUCGAUAGGAUUUGUUAUUGAAAGAUGAGCGUCACAAAAGUGUUGACCUCCACACUGAACCAACCCACCACUCACAGAUAAAAAUCAUUGUAUUGCUUUACACCGUAGACAUGCUAGGAGACGGACUUGAGCUUAUGCAAAACUUUAAUAUAGUGGUGGAAAAAGUGGAGCCCAUACAUGCUGCUGUGUGCUAAUGGCAGGACUGCUGAGUAUCAAUUUGAUCAUGUGGUUCAGUUUUGGACACUGUUAUUGGUUGACUCGUAAACAACAAACAAAAAAGUUAUUUGUGUCUGUGUUUAAGUUGCAGAAAAACAUUUAAAUGCCAGCUGGAAAGGGGGUCUCUCAAUGCAAACGUAUGCCGAUGACAUCAUGUACUUGAUGCAAACCUGCUCUGGAAGAACAUACAGCUGAAUUUACUUUAUGUUGUUUUGUUUUUUUUUUGUCAAGCGAAACAUAAGAUAGAUGUAAUAUAGUAGAGCUCAUUCGCGAUAAUGAUAGGCUCCGUACUUUUCAGAGAGUCAAGAGAGAUUUCAGGUCUGCAUGGAACCAACUGCCAUUCCAAAGUUUGCGUGUUAAAGGACUCAGGUGUGUCGUCGUGUGGAUAUAGGUGUAUUUGUUUUCUCUGCUAUAUUAUUUCUAACUUGUUAAAACCUAGUAAAUGAUAAUGUGAACACCUCACAGUGAUGUGGAAAAAAGCGCAUGCGUUUUGACUUGAUAAUCUCUAAAGGGGGAACAAGAGUCUUGACAUAUCCCCUCUGCCUCUGAGCAACCUUUGUCAUGAAUCCUUUCCUGAUUACUAUGAACACUGUGCCGUGUCGUAGAGCGUCUUCCUCUGAGAGGCAACGGUCAAGCACUCACACUCGCAGUGUCAGCAUGAGUGUGCUUAGGUAGCUCGUCUUGUUUUUCCGUUCAAGAUGGUCAUGUCCUCUCAUUACCCAUUGAGUUGCCACCUCUGGCGAGCCGGCUGGUUCAGACAGCACCCAGUCGCCGAAGCGUAAAGCAGUGAGCCAGAGCUUCCAGUAUGAUGUCAGUGAAGUACCAAGGCAUUGAGAAAAGAUACCUGUAUCCCAAGCACAGACUGGUGUUAGAAAAUGGAAAUGGAAGCUCUCCGUGCACCUCUUUCUUGGCUUGAUUUUCCAAGUGAGUUCAGGCCCUGCUGGUUCAGGGCUCAGCUCAGGCAGCUGAAUGGUCUUUGUCCAUUCCCAGUACUUUGCAGUUGGAGGCUCACCAAUAUGUAUAAGACUCAGCGGUGGGAUGUAGAUACUUCACUGGGAUCUACAUUGGUUUACAGGGUCUAAAACAUUACUCCAUUUAACAAAGAUGGUCCAUUCUAUUUAAAUGGUCGACAAAAAAGAACGUUUUUUUUUUUCCAUGUUUAGGUGCCAGGAUAGUCCAUCUUUGGUGGUGAGGAAGGUGCUUAUUGACAUUUUGGAUACAGCUUCUGGAAGAGCCUUGCACAAUAGCAAAAAUCUGUACUCAUGCAUUUUAUUAAGUGUUAUUUACUGAGUUUAUCAUGCGCUCAUUAUCCGCGUCAUGACUGCCCUGCUGAAGGCGGGGUGAAAAAAAGAUGUCUUUCCUUUCCUUUCGCGAAAUACUUAAAUACUGCCUUUUCAUUUCGUCAUGAGUCGGAAUGUGUGGAAUGCUACCUAAGUCUGUUUUAUUUUUCUGCAACCGAAAGUGUUCAGGGUGUGAUGACCAGAUACAUUUAAGAAGAAGGCGCCGUGAAAGGUUAAGAAUGGUGGAUUGUGAUCCUUCAUUAUCGACAACUCCCUUUCCUACGUGCCUGUUUCGGUUGAACCCCUGUAUUUUCUUUUUAUGCAAUCUGACCACGAAUGCCACUAAUCGACACUUAACUGUAUUUUCCCUGUUUAGAUGAUUGCAACCAUUUGGCAGCCGUUUGUCUUCAGGUUCCACCAUGAAUGAUUAUUUGCUUUUACAGAGGUGAAGAGACCAGUCGAUCAAUUCACAUUACUUUCAUGGGUUAGUGGUAACGCAUGAUUUUGACUUUGUUGAUAAUCAUUCGCAGAGGAGUCCCAAAGAUUCAAAGAAAAAAGUCUAUUUCUUUGUCAUGUGUAAAACAGACUUAGCUACUGGUCCAUGUUGGAGAGGGGGAGGAGAGGAGGUCGCUGGCGCAUCUGGUUCUAACUGAAGUGGGAUUUUAUUUUUCAAAUGUCGGAUCACAAAGAACUACUCAUCAAGAACUGUACAAAGUAUAUUUCAAUGGAAUGUUCAUGAUCUAUCUUUUUAUAUUUUGAAGAAAAAAAAUAGAAACAUAUCAAUAGAAGUGUUAUAAUUUAACAUAUUUCUACUAUUGAGACUUAAAAUGUAUGAAUGUCAAUGCGAUCUAAUGUGAACCAAUCUCCAUAGCAGCUUGAAUGAAUAACUGAUUAACAGUCAUGAGAUGCUUUUUCAGAGACAUUAAAAUUGCUUCAGAAUCAUUGAGAUGAAAUUAAAAAUAAAUGGAAAAAGUGACUUCAGCAGUGUCGGAUGUUUGUUUUCAGAUUUACGCCGCGUGAAUUGCGUGUCACGCUUAACUUGGGUCGUCAGCUUGUCAGGAGCAGGAAACUGCUAAACACUGACUGAUCUGAUGGGACCUGACGUAAGAACACAACAAAAGUCCAAAAUGUCUUCCAAGAAAGCGAAAGAUGACUCGCUGAGUUUGUCAAGUUUCAGGUGUGGUGGAUGUAUGCAUUCUGCUGCCAGCGUUUCUGAGAAGAUACAGCUGCUCACGCCGGGGCCUUUCCCUCCUGUGAGAUAAAAACAUGUCACCUUGCACUGAUCCAUAAUCUUAAGGUCAACCGGAACUGUGUCUUGAUAUUUGAGAGCAACGUGUCGUCGUCUUUUCCCUUCCUGAUAUCUGCUGUAACGACUUUUGACACUGGACACCGAUUCUGAUGUGGAAACAAUAUGGAUUGGUUAGACACUGUAGCCAACACAAUUGAGGCUGACACUUUUGCAUUGAAAGUUAAGGACGUCUGAAAUACAAGCUGCGAUGCCACAGAUUUGGAGGCCGGAAAUUAUGCAUGGCUUUGCACACAUUUUUGUUCCCAUCAAACGCUGAAAACGUGAGGCAUUGUGAGCAUUUGCUUGGCAGUGUCUUUAUCUUUGAACCUCGACUAUAAGUAUGUUCAAUACGUUUGGAUUCUUGGCAAUUGAAUUUACACAUCGAUUUCACUCACUCUCCUUUUAUGAUUUACCACAUCAUUCAAUGGCAGCAAUGUAGCCUACACAUUGCUUUAUGAACGAUGCAAACGUUACCUCCCAAUUCAAGCUGUUGUGACGCAAAUGAACCAGAGAAGAAAAGACUGAGGUUGUUACACUGCAGUCAGGACCGGUCGGCUGAUGUUUCUGCCUCAACAGCGACCCCUCUCGGCGAUUACCUGUACCUACAUCCGUCUUGGACAAUAAUAACGAUAAUAACUUCAACAUAUUUUUUAUCUAUUGACGGCAGUAUUAAGUGGCUAAGGAUUUAUUCCCAAAAUUAUGGCAUUCAAAACAAACAAAAAUAAAUAAAUAUAUAAAAUCAUGACAAUAAUCUGAAGCGCUGACGUCACCUAUGGAGAACUUAUAGGCCAAUAUAAUACAGCAUCUACGGUGUUACGCAUUUUUGAGUUAAAAUGUGUUGAUAUAUCCAAAACACAAUAAAAGUAAACUGCUCUCAAAGCUCCUGUUUUAACAGAGGAGGCUGCAGUUUUAGCUCCCAAAUAAAGGUCAACAUAGGCCUGUGCUUCAAAGGCACAUAGCAGCAGUGUGUUACAAGAUCCAGACGAUAUUGCUUUUAAUUCAUGGCUAAUCAUUCGCAUUUUGUUAUUUGGUAUUUUAAAUUUGUGAUUAAUCUUGUGCAGUUUUAUUUCUUUCUCAUCUUACUAUUUUUUUUAAUACAGUCAAAGUUGUAGAAAAUCUUCUCGGUCACGUACAUCCAUUCAUCCAAGGUCAAGGUCAUAGGACACUUGAGUUUAUUGUACGUGUGCAUUACAUACAGAAUACAUACAGAAAAGGGAGACCCCGCGACAACCUGCAAGUCCUUCCCAGGCAAAAUCUUAACCGAAAAAAUCCUGUGUCAAGUGCACACCUAUAGUGCUUUCGGACAACUGGGUGAAGCCAGAGUCCCUCGAGGUAACCUACGCCAAGGGUGGAAGGAGCCAGGUGACUGCACAACCCAGCACUGGCUGAAGCUUGUCUUGGAGCGGGGUCUUCUUAAUGAGAGCCUGUGUCAUUGUGAAUAUUUUAGAUUAGGUUAGAUUGCUUUUAUUCUUCCUUCAAUUUUGAUCUUGAGAGCAAACAAUGAAAAAGAGCUAUGUAAGCACCCAUCCAAACAUCCAGACACAAUGCGAUGCUCCAAAACAAACCAUUUCUCUCAAGGCGCGUCACAGAAAAUGAAUAACAAAAUCUCAAAUUUUCAAAAAGAGAGUUUGAUCAAGCAUAUUGGGGCACAGACUUUGACUCUCAUGUAGCAUGAAUUCAUUGAGGACUGUUUAUGAAGAGGCCAGAGCCACCAAGUACAAGAGGGUCGCUCCAUCAGCUUCAGUACACCGACUGCUUCUACUUUUAGAAGACGCCCCCCUUCCCCCAUUAGUGAUAUGAUACAACAUGAUACGCUAUUCCAGCUUUUUAAGCAUACUAAUUGAUUGAUUUUUCUCUGUUAACUGGCUGCUUUACUUUUAUUUAGCCUUUUAUCACCUAAUCUUAAAUAUCUUUUUAAAAAUAAACACAGUUAUUCAUUUAUAAGUUGGCAACAGGUUACUGGCUACAGUUUACACGCAAAAUAGUGAGAGCAAUUUUGGAAUACAUUUCUGGUUACUGCGUCUCACUACACCCGAUAUUUGCUUUAAGAAUAUAUGCAAAUACAAGCAGUGAGAUUCACUGGCUAAGUGUCUUUCCUUAUAUGAAACUAUAAAUCAUUUUGCAAGGAGUUUUAUUUUUAACUGCUCUGCUAAACUGAUUUUAAAGUCUGCCCACUGUCUGUCAGAAAUCCAUGCUCUUGACUGAGGGCAACAUCAACCAGUCCCAGGCAGAGGUGACAUUCGAUAGGACGGUUGAAGGUUGUCUUGCCUCAUAGCUAAGUUGAAGGCAAAGGACGGGGAGGGGUUUGAGAGGUCCGUCCGAGAUUGAAUUUCAUCGGGACAGCAUUCCUGAAAAUUUCAAGACAGACAACGUGAGUACUCAGAGGGUCAGAACAGGAUUGUGGAUGUUCCCCAGCCAAACAACUGGAAGAGGAGUUAGUGUACACCCUAUUCUGAGAGUUGGACUAAGUUGGGCACCAGUGGAGUUUGCACUGAAGACGGACAGCCAAACAAGCACAAGGUCUAUGCCAGCUGUGCAGAAUGGCGGAGACCAACAAGCCGACGACCCAGAAGAGACCAACCAUGUGAAUUCUCUUGGUGUCAUUAGUGUCUGUCAACAGUUCUGUCACUCUCAGUGAGUAAAUGCUGCUGUCGCACUUUCAAACUCUCUCUUUCUCCGCUUUUGAAACCUAUAUUCCACUUUUGUUUUUAUCUGAUAUGGCUUUUCUGCACAUGGUGUUUAACCAAAAAACAAACUUGAAAAAUCUGCGCUUUCAAUGCUUCUCAUGCCUUCUGGAGCAGCUAGCCUUACUGGCCUGUUCUUCUGGUUCCAGACAGGGAUUGCUUUUAAGUCCUGCUGGUUUCAAGUUCUCCGGAGAAUCGUUUGAAACAUUGCCUAACCGAGGAUCCACGUGAGAAUGGAUAGCAGCGAUCAAGAGGGUGAUGAGAGAGAAGGGAGAUGGAAAGACGGCGAUGGAGAAAAAGACAAGCAGAUGAAGAACCAGCUCAACAUAGAGGAAAAGGGAGAGAGGGAGCUCAGUGGAAACGAGAAGGAAAAGAAGAAGGACAACCGGCGCUCUGGAUGUCUAUGGAAGAGCGGCUGGGCCCUCAGCGAAAGAUUGGCCAUCAACGUAUCAGGGAUGCGAUAUGAAACUCAACUUCGUACUCUAGCUCAGUUUCCGGACUCAAUGCUUGGUGACCCUCGGAGAAGAUCACGAUACUUUGACCCACUACGAAAUGAGCUCUUUUUGGACAGGAACCGCGCUUGCUUUGAUGCCAUUCUGUACUUUUACCAGUCAGGCGGGAGGCUCCGACGGCCGACAAACAUCCCCCUUGACAUCUUCAUGGACGAGCUUCUCUUUUAUGAGCUGGGAGAGGACAUCAUGAAUCGCUUCAAGGAGGACGAAGGUUUCCCCAAAGAGGAAGUACGAGCAUUACCAACAAACCAAAUACAGAAAAGACUUUGGAUGCUGUUUGAGCACCCCGAGUCGUCCUCUGGCGCUCGCAUCAUUGCUAUCAUAAGUGUGAUGGUCAUAGUCGUGUCCAUUCUCAUCUUCUGCUUGGAGACGCUGCCGGAAUUCAGGACUGAGAAAGAGGCACGAGAGGAAUACUUCUACAAGUACCACUCUCAUGAAAGGAACGUGUCAGAAAGCAUGCCACCUCCAUCCAGUGUUUUCCAGGACCCCUUCUUCUUGGUGGAGACCAUGUGCAUAUGUUGGUUCUCCUUUGAGCUUCUCAUGCGCUUUGCGUGCUGCCCGAGCAAGGCCCACUUCUUCAAAGACGUCAUGAACAUCAUUGACUUCAGUGCUAUCCUGCCCUACUUCGUCACUCUUGGAACAGAACUGGCCAAAGACAAUGAUGCCAGUCCAGCCACAUCCUUGGCCAUCAUUCGGGUCAUCAGGCUGGUCAGGGUCUUUCGAAUCUUCAAGUUGUCUCGUCACUCCAAGGGCCUCCAGAUCCUGGGUCAAACACUUCGUGCCAGCAUGCGAGAACUUGGCCUGCUGAUCUUCUUCUUGUUCAUCGGCGUCAUCCUCUUCUCCAGCGCCAUCUACUUUGCAGAGGCAGACCAUACCAACACUGCAUUUAUAAGCAUCCCACAUGCCUUCUGGUGGGCUGUUGUCACCAUGACCACAGUGGGCUACGGUGAUAUGUAUCCAGAAACAGUGUGGGGAAAGAUGGUGGGCUCGAUGUGUGCGAUCGCUGGUGUGCUCACCAUUUCACUGCCGGUGCCCGUCAUAGUGUCCAACUUCAGCUACUUCUACCACCGAGAGACUGAGUGCGAGGACCAAACAGAGUACACCCACGUCAAGACGACACUUUGGGAGGAGGAAGAUGAGGAGGGUGAGGAAACCGACGAGGGGGAUCGGGAUCUAGAGGGAGAUUAUUAUGCCAUCGAAGGUAUUUGCAACCCUCUGAAUGGAACUCUUCUGGGAGGACUGUGUGCAGGACAGAACACUGACAUUAAAGGAGGAAAUAUGUAUCUGAGGGAGCCUCUGGUCACUCAGGUAUAGGGCUGAAAGAUUCAGGUCAAAUUGUGCCGGGUGACAUUGUGAAUAUAAAGAUAGGGCUAACUUAUUUAGAAAUAUCAGCUUUGUUAAAUGUUCAAUGCACUGAACUGUAUUGGCAAGUCGGCGUAUUGGAUAUUUGAAUGGCCAUUUAGAUCAUUAGAGGAGACAUGAACUGAAGUGAGAUGAGAUUGAAGUACCAUGCUGACUUAUUUUGUUUGAAUUAUGUUCAAAAACAAACAACAAAAAACACCUUUACCUUGAUUUUGUUCAACCAUUAGUCGGCUGGUAUUCAUAUUCUAGGACAUGACGUGUUGAAGAAGUAUCAGUCCAUUUGAGACACAUUUCUAAAACCAAAACACAUGCUCUUCCGGUUCGACUUGUCUGAUGGUUUAAACAGAAGAGCAGCUUAUGCAACAAAUACGUUCAACUUCACGUCACAGUUAAAAAGUAAAAGGCUUCUUUGUGAAAAAGCCAAUUCCAAAAAUCUAACAAAAACAUACUCGGCGUGAAGCGAUGAAAGAUAAAAAAACAAAAACACUUGAUCAACUUUAACGUGUGAUAUUAAUCUGUAAAUUCUCAGGGGUCUUUAACCUUGGUUUGUGCAAUAAAACUGCGAGUCUUAGUUUGUUUGAAGUGAAGUUACUUUAUUGGCAAGGAAAAUAUGACAAGGUGGUUGAAAUUACAAACUUGUUAAGCUCUGGUGUAUACAAAGCGCACACACUCAGCAUUCUCCCGUAAGUGAUACACAAAAUUCACAUUGGUGUAGUUUUGGCUUAUGUGACCUGAAGCAGCUGACAUGACCUUUACCGUGUUGAAAUACAACACUGAAGCUUGUUUGUGAGUUCAAGAGAAUCGUUUUCAAAGCUGUUGCAUAAGUACAGUGUUUAUCACAGUUAUUUUUUCCAAUAAAGAUGAUUUUUUUUGUAUUUUUUUCUCAUAAAGGGCUGACUUUGUGUUGCUGCCAGUGAUGUGUUUAAAUAGUGACAUGC